AUUUCCAAAUGAGUAGGUAAUACUCAUGAAGAAGUUAAGUCUGAUAAUGGCUUUUCUUAUAUCCUGUUGGUUCAUUAUUGAAUCUGUAAUCAUCCCAGAUGGAUUUCGAAAAUGGUUUUGCUUGAGCUUUUUUAUCAAUCCCUUUGUUCUUUUUAUUUGCCAGAUCUUCCUGUGGCUCAAAUUGCUAAGGGAAUGGCUUUUAUUAAUAGUCAUUCUUCCUCUUAUAACUUCUUUUCUUGGUUUAUAUAAUUUUAUACUUUUUAGAAGUGGUCUCUCUGACUUUUUCUCAUUCACUAGAUUGAACACUGCAGAAGUAGUAGAAGAGGAUGAGUAUUUUGAAACUCUACAGGGUUUCAAUCAAAAUCAAAAUUUUGAUUCAUAUAUGUGUUCCAGCCUUGAAACUAUACCGUGCAAGCUGACAAUAUACAACAUUCAGAUGUACAAAUUAGAAGAGAAGAAUGACUAUGAAGAUUCAAUUCUUCAUGAGGAUGAAAGAUCAGAAGAAACAAUGUUUGAUCUCGAUGAAGAUACAAGUAUCAAUGAGUAUUUGUCAUCCAUUUGUAGCUUCGAUUCAUCAGUGGAAGAAGUAAAUUCUAGUGACUGUAUGAGUUCCUGUUCUAGCUCUGGUUUACCAGCCACACAUUUAGACAUGAAUGAACAUUGGUCAUCGAAUUGUGACUCCAAUUCCCCAGUCAAAGCAAGAGAAGUAACUAAUGGACGUGACAAGGAAGAAUCUGAUACAUUUUACAAGAAUUACGCUGAAAGAAUGAGAUGGUUUGACAUACUGAAUUACGAUAGAACAUGUGGAAUAAAUACAAUCUUGAACAAGCAAUUGGAAUCACCUAACUCAUUAGAAAGAAUUGAGCAAGUGGAUUUCUCAGUCUCACAUAUCCCAUGUAGCACAAAGGCCAGAAAAAAGCUGCUAAGAAGCCUAGAAAGUGACUUUGAAAUGGUUUAUGUGGCUCAGUCAUGCUUGUCCUGGGAAGCUCUCCAUCAUCAAUACAAAAAAGUGAAGUCUCUUGCAAGUUCUAGCUCUCAAAAUUGCAUCUUGCACUCCAAUGUGGCAGGAGAAUUCCAAAAGUUUUUAGUACUGCUAGAGAGAUUCAUGGAAGAUGAAAGGUGUGGAGGGAAAAGGGUUUGGAAUUAUGUUCAAGGGAGAUUUUCUCUCAAAAGUCUUCUCCAAGUUCCAGAGGUUUUAGGCUUUUUAGAUGUGGAAAAGGAAGAAGUGAAGGCAGAAACCUUGAAUAUAAAAGAAGUGUUGAAGGUCAUAGAGCAAUGCAUACAGGCUUUUUGGGAGUUUUUGGAAACAGACAAUAGGAAGUCUUGGUGGAAAUUCAGCAGCUCAUUAUGGAUUAAUCCACCUGUGGAAGACCCAAGAAGUUUGCGUCUAUUAGCUGGUCUCACUAAGAGACUUCAAAAGAAGGAACUAUGGCUGAAACAUUUACAAGGAGAGAGGAGAUGUUGGUUCAAGCAAGUAGUGAACCCUCCCAAAGAGUCACAAAAAAUGGAGAUUUUAUGUACAAUGAUAGAUAUGAAGCUUGUGUCAAGGGUGCUCCAAAUGCCUCUGGUUACCACUUCCCAACUCCAGUGGUGCAAAGAGAAGAUUGACAACAUAGAGUUCAAAGAAGGGAUAAUUAUAAGGGCUUGCACUGGUCCCUUGUUUCCACCUUGAUUAUUUGCUGUAAACGAAAUCCAACUUAGUUUUAGGAGUUCUUUAAGGGACACCCAAGAGUAGACUUAUGGAAUUUCACAUUUAUCGCUUUUGAAAUUAUUUUGAGAUGUAUUAUGAUGAUAUUUGUUCUCCUAAUGUAAUCUAAUGUAAAGAAACAAUCUUC